AUGUCAAAUCAGGCGAAUUGUGUUGCGUGCGAUGAGUCACCGGGUCCAAUAUCAAUGCCAUCAUCAGGUCUGGUGUCUAAAAUGUUUACUGACGUCACCGGAUUGAAAGUCCAAUUGCACUACACAAUCUGCAGAUCAUGUCAAUCUGAGCUUAAAGCAUGCUACAACUUCAAAAAACGAUGCCACGAAAUCUUCAUUCUUUAUGAUUCCGGUUCAAUUCCAAAUCAGCCAAAAGAAACCCCACAGCGACAUCAACAGCCAUUUGAAGAGAAAAUUUUUGCAAAUCCACUGGAUUCGACUGAAAUUACAAUUGUUAAAAAUGAAUUUGAACCAAAUCGGUCAGCUGUGUCUUAUAAGGAUGAUGACUCACAUCAGGACGAUGACUACCAAGAGGAUAAUCCAGAUGAUGAGGAUUUUGAAGGAACCCAUGACGAUGAUUUCGGUCAAUAUGAAGACAUAAAUCCACCAAUGUCAGAUGACGACGAGUCCACAACAAAUGACAAUGAUCCAGAUUUUGAGAAUUCGUCAGCAAGAUUCGAAUGUGAUGAAUGCUCAAAGGCAUUUUCAAAGAGAUCGAGACUUGUCGCUCAUAAAGCUGAGCAUAGGAAUGAAAGGCUUUACUCGUGUCCACGACCUGGAUGUAAUUCUGCCUUCAAUGUGCCACACAGACUGACGAGACAUUUGAGGAAUGUUCAUGAUGCUGAUGAGGAGGAGAUUAAUGAGAGCACAUUUGCACUAGUCGAAGACAGUGAAGGAGUUUAUGUGGUUCGCAGUAGCUGGAUGUUCACAAAAGAUGGAAAUCAACACAUUUACUAUCCACCAGCAUCACUGCAACAGCCUGAACAUUUCGCUAAAUUCUUCAACAAGCCUGGCGAUGACUGGGUUCAGUAUCAAGUCAAAAUUCUAAGGCAGAAGAUUCCUUCCUAUGAACUCACAAAACGCCUUCAAAACAUGCGCCUACAGAAAAGGAACCUCAAGACAGAUUCAGGUCCACAAGCCAAAAAGACAAGGUUGUCGUCAGAUUUUAACAGUUCACAGCCUCACUCAUCAAACUUCAUGCCUUCAUUUUCAUUCAACAAUCGACAAUUUGGUGCUCAAAUGGGAUACUCAAAGCAGAAUUUACAGCAAAGGUCAUUCCACCCUCAAAGUCAAAUGAACAUCCAGCCACUCCAAACCGAGAAAAUGAAACAAAUGGAAUCGAAUUUUAACACACAACUCAGAGAUCUCAAGAAGAAAUUAAACUAUUUAAUGCACAUGGUGCAAGGAAGAAGUUCUGGAGCUUCACUAAUCCAAAAUACAUUAGAAGAAGAUUCGCUAAGUCCAAAGGCAAUCUCAUGUGAACAAGAGUUGACGGAAAUGGAGGCGAACUUGAUUGAAUAUGACAGGAAUCCACUGAUUUCUAGUGAAUUUUCCAUUAAGAGGGAGAGAAUGAUUGAACAUUAUGCAGCAAAAAUCAAGAACAUCAGCAAAAGAACGAAUCCUAAAAUUGGAUUAGUUGGAUCGUUGCUUAAUUUGUAUUUUGCACCUGAAUUCCUUAACACUAUUGGAUGGACUAAUGUUCAGGGUCGUCUAGCAAUCAAAGACAUGGUCGGCCACAUCUCCUUAUUCUACGAAAUAGUCAACCGAAAUACACCAAAUACCUACUUAAACAUGGAAGAGUCAUCAAUAGCUCUCUAUACGUUCCUAAGGAGAUUCCAUGAAUCCAAAAAUGCCAAGCAUCGAGUAAAGGACAAGGAUGGAGAUGUUUACAAAAAUAUGUGUGAUGAAAAUAGUUUAAGGAUAAGCAGCAGCUCAGGCUAUAGACCAAAUAAUGACUUUUUCAUGAAAAUGGAACCGCAGUUUGACAUGCCACGGGUAGUGCAGGAACGUGAUAUUCAGGAACAUUAUGGCAGGGAUGUAAAUGAGGAUACACAGGAUAUUGAGAAUUGA